GGAGGCAUUCCACCGCUAGAGAGUCAGUCGAGGACCAAACAUUUGUUGGAAGUAAUCAUUCGAGUUUUUGGCUGGGAAUUUGCUUUAGAGCUACUCGUGUUAUGGGCAUAUGCAUGCCCAUUUUUAAGUGUUUAGUUAUACCGUAAAUAUAUAAAGUCUAGAGUUUCACCAGUACCGAGACUCAUCCCCUAUACCAAUUACCUUUUCUUGGCCCUCACUGCUACGCUACACUGUGGAGGCUAAUUCAACACACUUUUUGAAUCAGAAAUCUCACGCGUGGAAAUGUCGCCGGCGGAUGAUAACUCCUUUGCCACCACGAGUGGCAACAAAAAGGCCACCUACACUCUCAUAUGCAUCAAAGUGGUGGAGCUGUGCCUGUUAAUAUGCUGCCUUGGUCUGAUCGACGAGCCGGCCACCAACUCCCACCUGCGAGUGUUCAUCACGCCCCGUGUGAUUGCCCUCUGCUAUGUGACCUUUGGAGCCCUGACCAUCUACACGGCGAUCUACCUGAUCAUGGCUCUGGUCGGUGAUCUGACACCCUGGCGCACGGCAACGUUGUGGUCUCUGGUGGCAUUCUGUCUGUAUGUGGCCGUGACGGCUCUACUCUUCCGGGACUGGUCGACCACCAAGGAUCGCAACUACUGGCACCCGAACAUGCAUCGUCUGGACCUGGUGAUGGCCUCCGCCUCCAUUGCUCUGGUCACUUCCCUGGUCUAUCUACUAGACAUACUGCUCACCAUCCGCUUCGGCGUCCAUGGCGAUCUGGAAUGACAGGGACAGAGACAGCGACGCCUUGCGUGGACUGUUAUAUUUAGAGCUCCAUCAUAGUCGUAAGCCCCAUCACAUGACCUGCUUCCCAGCAAAUUGUAACCCACGAAAUCUGUAAACAGAAAACAAAACAUCAGAAGAAUUGCCAUCAUCGAAAAGAAAAUGUACAAAAAGAAGUCCAAGGAAGUUGAAAGAUUGUUUAAGCAUCGCCUGCAGCCUGUUUUUUUUUUUUUUUUUUUUUGUAAGCCUUCACCAACGUUUUUCUCUAAUCCACUUAACAUAUAAGAGCCCACACAAAUAAAUUUUUUUAUGAGGGAA